GAGGCCAAGGUCUGGGGAACCCCAAGCAAAGCCCUAGCCUUUUGCAACGUCUCCUUCUAGGCGCUGUUGGUUAGGUCAAUGCUUGGAGAGGGUCGAAGGAGGCCGAGAGAGAACCUCCCAGUCGAGGUUCUCAUUUUACAACAAUGUUCUAGAGCAAAAGUCCUGGAUAAAUUAUGCCUUGAUAGUACUUUACUUUGCUCGAGGUGUCGGGUCUUGUUAAGUCCUAGGUGAGGUAGUUUAGGCACAUGUCUUACUGCUCAGGGCGGAUGGCUGCUGAUUAUCCUAGUAAAACAUCCGAAUCCAUGUCAAGCGUCGCCCCAGUCUCCCUAAGAAACUCCACCGAAAGUCUGGCCUCGCACCCAUUCUGUCGUAGCCCACCACCUGCGGUACGCAGCACCAGUGCCGGUACCAACUGCCAGCAUCUACGCGCAGUCGAAAACCUGUUCAAGUCCUGUACCGUGUACAUCCAUAUUUUUAAGAUCGCCUCAUCCAAUAUCCAGCAUCCACCUGCGCUCCCUCCUAGCAGCAUGCAGACCGAAUAUUCUGUUGGCAUCUGAUCGGACGGCUGCAGUACUCUCACUACCAGUAGGCGGGCACCAAACGCUUCGCGGGUUCAUUUCUGCCAGUACAGUAUGUCCUUAUAAUUCGUCCUUGUUCGCAAUCACCACCCCGGCCGCUGGACGCUACGCUGCUGCUUCGCCCUGCUCCCCUGCUGGCUGUUGCGCAACCCCCGCCACUUAACGUCGAAAACGAAACAUCGCUUAGGUGGUUGAAUUGAAGAAUGCUCCGUCUUCUUGAUGACCGACCCAUCCAGCAUUCCCAGGAAUCCACGCAGUCCUGCUCUUCGAGCCGACCAACCGCCCGGCGAGACCCUCCACUCGCCAUUGAAACGCCCUCUGGUCUCUACAUUCAGUCCUCCUGCCAUUGAAGUGUCCGCCAGCAAGCAUUUCAAACUAUCGCCCCCUACAGACCCUUCCAGUCCCAAUGUUAAGCGCCCUGGAGGACAAUAUCGUCGCGAGCAUGACGCGCAAGAGGGGGACUUGAACGCACAUUCUUCCCAUCCCGCAGGGACAGGGCUUCCGGCCGCAGAGCCAGUGUCUCUCCUGGGGGCGGCGGCAAGUAUCUUGACUCAGGGGGACAACAUGCCGUCUUCUAGGAGGACUGAGACGGAAAGAGGAAGCGUGGCGAACUCAAUCCCCAUCAGAACUUCGCCUCAUAUCAGCCGCCAGAGUGAUAAGGACGAUGAUGCCAGGCCCAGAUUGCCUUCUGGUGCACAAACGUUCCAUUCGGUGGGACUCGCAGAGUAUCUGCAACUCGAUGAACGGCCCACGCUGGUCGUCGACAUCAGCGACGAGAACAAUGCCCGGUCGGGCGGCCUGAAUUCAAUAUUCGCCAAUACCGCUUUGAGGUCUCGCCAGGCCCUUUUCGAUCUUGUGCAAGGGAGGUCUGAAGAUCCUACACUGCUCCUCGACCUGGGAACGCCAUUCAAUGACUUCAAAGCAUGGGUACUCAACCCACUGGCAGAAUCCGAUAUAGUCUCGACUUUCCCAUUCGCCGGCUUGCUAUGGCAGAGCACUCUCCUACGAAGAAGGCUACGGGUUAUACAAGGACGGCAACAUCCGUUUUCUCCUCCUGCUGUCGGCGACUCAUCCCACAGCGGUCGACCCUCCUUACAACAAUACAAAGGCCUGGGCUCCGCAUCCUCGUCUUCGCUACCAGGCCCGGGUGAUGGCACUUCGCCCAGCUAUUUCGAUAUUCCCGCGAGGUCAAACACGCAGCCUGCUCGCGCGAAGGAGAACUUGACGACUGAUGCCUUACCAGGCGCUUCUCCAGCCAGUUUCGAAUCAUCCUCCCCUGUCGCGAGCGGAGACUUGACCUAUGCCGAACUAAUAUCCGGCACCCGGUCACCUCCCCCAGGACAAAAGGCCGUUUCAGCGGGGAUGAAGGUCGAUGUGGACGCCGACAUGACUGAGCCUAACCAGGUAAAGGGUUAUUUCGAUUGGACGCGGUUGCCUCUAUCACCAUCCAUCCCAGCCCAUGUACAGUUCGCUAGAGGAGUCGACUGGGCUUCCACCAGUCUUGGACCCAUUGAGAAUUGGUCUGCCGACCUUCGCGGGAUGUGUAAUCUGAUCAUGGCCAGUCCGCACCCCUCAGCCAUGUACUGGGGCGAGGACCACAUUGCCAUAUACAAUGAGGCCUAUGUCCUACUUGCAGGUCAAAAACAUCCCAAGUUGAUGGGCAGCCGUUACCGCGAUGUAUGGUGGGAGAUUUGGGAUGCCUUGGAGGAAGUUUUUGACAAUGCUUUCAAAACGGCGCAAGCCACUAUGAAGGAUGAUGACUGCCUUUUCAUUAUGCGCAAUGGCUUUUUGGAAGAGACUUACUUUUCUUGGUCCAUCAUUCCCCUCAUUGGCGCUGAUGGAGCCGUGGUUGGACUAUACAAUCCGGCCUUCGAGAAAACGCGCCGCAAGAUUGCUGAAAGACGGAUGUUGACCCUGCGGGAAAUUGGCGAGUGCACAGCGGCAGCUCGCAAGGUUUCGGGUUUCUGGGGUUUACUCCUCGAAGGGCUCGAAUAUAACGAAUAUGACGCCCCCAUGGUUCUGAUUUAUUCUCUGAGUGAGGAUUUGUCUGACAACGACGCGGCCUCGUCAGGAUCGAGUGGGGCGGCUUCGAACAAAGUGGCAUACCUAGAAGGCAGCAUUGGCGUACCUGCAGGUCAUAAAGCAGCACCCCCUACCAUAGACAUGAAGACGGGUACCAGAGGCUUUGCUCCUUCGUUUCGGCAGGCCUUGACUACUGAUAGACCAAUCGUUUUGCGGGUGGAAGACGGCUCACUCGAUGCUGAUCUGCUCGAAGGGAUUGAAUGGAGAGGUUUUGGAGACCCUUCUCGGGUUGUGGUCAUUGCUCCCAUCCAUCCCACGACCGGAGAGUCUACGUUGGGCUUUUUGGUCAUGGGUACAAACCCACGGAGGCCAUAUGAUGAAGAUUAUGACUUGUUUAUCCAGCUCCUUGGUCGCCAGCUUGCCACGACAAUUGCAUCAGUGGUAUUGUUUGAAGAAGAGAUUAGGAAAGGCGAACGCGCCGCUCAGCUGGCCGCACAAGACCGGAUCGAGCUGAACAACCAACUGGUGGCGAGGACUCAGCAGGCAGUCGAAGCCGAGAACAAGUUUACGAGGAUGGCUGAACUGGCACCGGUGGGAAUCUUCAUUGGUGACGUGGAUGGUAAAAUCAGCUUUGUCAACGACGCAUGGUAUAAUAUCACCUCGUAUCCCCGCGAUCGGGUGGUCGGGGAGGAAUGGAUCAACUAUGUCGUCGAGGAAGAUCAACCCAAAGUGUGGAAUAUGUGGACCACCAUCUUCGAGAAGAGAUGUGCUAUGUCUUUAGAGUUCCGCUUCAAGACGCCAUGGCGGGAUAAACUUGGAAAUACGGGGCCAACCUGGGUUCUGACGAGUGCCUCGCCGGAACGGGACGACGACGGGCAGCUCAAACGGAUAUUCGGGUCCAUGACGGACAUAAGUUCGCAAAAAUUUGCAGAGAAUUUGCAGACCCGCAGAAUGCAAGAAGCGGUCGAACUCAAGCGACAGCAAGAACGCUACAUUGACACGACGUCCCAUGAAAUGCGCAAUCCUCUGUCUGCCAUUCUACAGUGCGCCGACUCAAUCACCGCCUCUCUAUCGGAGAUGCGUGAAACAGACCACUUGAGCAAGCCCCAGCAGGAAAUUCUCGACGUGGCCGUAGAUUCUGCGCAGACGAUAACACUCUGUGCGCAGCACCAAAAACGGAUCGUGGACGAUGUCCUGACCCUGUCGAAGCUCGAUUCGGCCAUGAUGGCAGUUUCGCCGGUGGAUACGAGGCCAAUCAACGUCAUGCGCAAAGUGGUGAAGAUGUUCGAGGCGGAAUUGAAGACGGCAGACAUCCAGGUGGAGCUGAACAUUGACCCUUCUUUCAAGAGCUUGGGUCUGGACUGGGUGCGGCUGGAUCCGCACCGGCUGUCCCAAGUUCUGAUCAAUCUCAUGACGAACGCUAUCAAGUUCACGACCAUGCAAGAAAAUCGUGUGAUACGAAUGCAUGUUGCGGCUUCGGAAGAAAAGCCAUCGACGGAGGACAAGUGGCGGUUGACAUAUAUACCAUCACGCUCAAAGAAAGAAAAGGAUGUUACUGCUUCAGCCGAGUGGGGCCUAGGAGAUCCGGUCUAUAUCCAUUUUGCCGUUCAGGAUACGGGACAGGGCCUCAACGACCUGGAAAAGAAACAAUUGUUCCAACGAUUCUCGCAGGCCAGCCCGCGGACCCAUGUCACCUACGGAGGCUCUGGACUUGGUCUAUUUAUCUCCCGGGAGUUGGUUGAGCUCCAAGGAGGUGAGAUUGGAGUGGCAUCGGAGAGCGGGAAAGGCAGCGUGUUCGCGUUCUAUGUCAAAGCCCGACGAUCGACCGGUGACGGCGGAGAAGAUGGCUCCGGCUCCGGCGGCAGCGUGGCGAACGGUCCCAAGCAGCCUGCAACCUUGGCGAGACUGAACUCGCAUCAUAAGUUUGUACCUAUCCCAAGUCCGCCGCCGUCGACCUCGCAAACCCGAGGCCCCGCGACCAAGAUCAGCCUCUCUACACCUGUUCAUGUGUUGGUCGUGGAAGACAACCUCAUCAACCAAAAGGUGUUGGCGACCCAACUGCGCAAGGUAGGCUGUGUGGUGCAUGUCGCCAACCACGGCGGCGAAGCCAUCGAACACAUCUGUCGCUCAAAGCAUCAUCGGGACCAUGUCGGGGAUGGCAUCGAGAUCGAUGUCGUGCUCAUGGAUCUCGAAAUGCCCGUCAUGGAUGGGCAGACCUGCGCGAGGAGAUUGCGCGAGAUGCAGGCCGCCGGAGACUUGGUCGGUCAUAUCCCCGUCGUUGCCGUCACGGCCAACGCCAGGGCCGAGCAGAUCGAGAUGACACUCAAGAGCGGCAUCGACGAUGUCGUCUCCAAGCCUUUUCGUAUUCCGGAGCUGGUUCCCAAGAUUCAAGAUGUCAUAGGCAGGCUUGGGGCGGAAGAACCCAGCAAUAAGGCUUGAUUGAUGACAAACUACCUCAGGCUUUGGCUUUGGCUUUGGCUUUGUGGCCCCGUGACAGUGAUGAAUAUAUGCAUAAUUCAUGCAUACAAAACAAGGAAAUUAGCAAGCAAGCAAGCAAGGAAGCAAGUAUGUAAUCAACGUAGUGGAUGUACGUAUGGACGUACGGACAGCGUACAGUAUGUAUGUACGAGUCUAUAUGAGUCCAUACCUUACCUAUGAAUAUGUAUGUAUGUGUAUACGUAUAUGAACUUUGUGUCCUUUGGUCUCAUCCGUGUAAUUUGCCCACGGGACCGAGAAAACAAGA